AAAUGUAUUUUAUAUUCCUGGUUUAAUUUACAAAUGUUGAAUCAUAUUAGCUAGAGAAUAUAUGAAACAGCAUCAUUUGUCAGUAUAAUUGUGAGAAGGGGAGAGUUAAAUUCACAUAAGACUUUUCUCAGAUUUAAACAGAAGAAAGGAUAGGUAUUAAACAUGUAGUUUGGUCAUUCAGUAAGUCCUGGUUCUAACAUUACGUUUAUCCAACGUAACUGUUAAAACUCAAGUAGACCUGUUUGCAAGGGGCAUUAGUUCUGACCAUUGGAUCUGUCUUUCCAAAAAAAGGAUAUGGGGUAGUGAAAUAUAAGUAGGUCAUAGCUGCAGUACCUGGAGCCAUGCUUCCUUUUUAAAAAUUCAGGAGUAAUGCACCAUCAAUCACCUCUGGUUGUCACCUAGACAUGGAUAUGUGGGGAGCAAAUUUAGUCCUGCACUGUGAAAUCUAUUUGUAGGUCAAGUACUAGAAAAUCCUGUGAGACUUCUCUGACUGUCAGCGAGGACCAGCACAGCUGGACCCUAGAGCCCCUCCCAAACCAAAUCUCCCCAAGGUUGGCACUUUUAAAAGUCCAGCCUGCCCAUAGCAGCUAUCUGGAGCCAGUGACCAGUAGGUCUUGGAAGCAUCAUUACUUCCAAGGAAAAAAAAUAGAAGAUGUGGAAUGGCAGCUUAAUGUAUCCAGCAUAUGUUUUAGGGGGAGAAGUUUAGGAGGGAGGGAUGUAAACCUCUUAUUAGAAAGGGGUAGGUGGGGAAAUAGAGCAUACUUCAUUCAGGAAAGGAGGAAUCAAUAAAUCAUAGAGAAGGAACGGUAACCCUUAUUGGCAGAACAUGCUUACUGUAGACCUUUGAGUGGCUGCUUGCUUCCUGAGACUUUCUUCUGAUCUGCUCUGGGGUGGCAUGUAGGCAGCAGGCCCUGUUGUAAGCCUUUCUUCUCUGAGGGUGGUUCCCCUCAGAGACCUUAUUUUUAAAUGCAUGAACUUUUGGUACAGUAGUAUUUAUGCUGCUGGCUUUUAUGUACAUAUGUCUCGAACUCCUGACUUCAAGUGAUCCACCUACUUCAGCCUCCCAAAGUGCUGAGAUUACAGGCAUGAGCCACUGCUCCCGGCUAAUGUACAUAUGUCUCUUAAUAGAGACAUAUUAGAUAGUAAAUAUGUCCCUAAUAGAUGGUAAGCAGGUAUAGUGGUAGGUAUAAAAUUCAGACUUUUAUAUUCAUUUUAGGCAAAUGAAAACAAGACCCGGAGAUUUUAUUGAUUGUUUAGAUUCAGUUGAAGACACCAAAGGAAAUAAUGGAGAUAGAGGUAGACUCUUGGUAACAAAUUUAAGAAUUCUCUGGCACUCUUUGGCAUUAUCAAGAGUCAAUGUUUCUGUCGGUUACAAUUGCAUAUUGAAUAUUACAACAAGGACUGCUAACUCUAAAUUACGAGGCCAAACUGAAGCUCUUUAUAUACUAACAAAAUGUAACAGUACUCGUUUUGAAUUUAUAUUUACAAAUUUGGUUCCUGGAAGCCCUAGACUUUUUACUUCUGUGAUGGCAGUACACAGAGCGUAUGAAACUUCUAAAAUGUAUCGUGAUUUUAAAUUAAGAAGUGCACUAAUUCAGAACAAGCAACUAAGACUGUUACCACAAGAACAUGUAUAUGAUAAAAUAAAUGGAGUAUGGAAUUUAUCCAGUGAUCAGGGCAAUUUAGGAACCUUUUUUAUUACCAAUGUGAGAAUUGUAUGGCAUGCAAAUAUGAAUGACAGUUUUAAUGUCAGUAUACCAUAUCUGCAAAUUCGUUCAAUAAAGAUUAGAGAUUCAAAAUUUGGUUUAGCUCUUGUCAUAGAAAGCUCUCAGCAGAGUGGUGGAUAUGUUCUUGGCUUUAAAAUAGAUCCUGUGGAAAAACUACAAGAAUCAGUUAAGGAAAUCAAUUCACUUCACAAAGUCUAUUCUGCCAGUCCCAUAUUUGGAGUUGAUUAUGAGAUGGAAGAAAAGCCCCAGCCACUUGAAGCUCUGACAGUCGAACAAAUUCAAGAUGAUGUAGAAAUAGACUCUGAUGAUCAUACGGAUGCUUUUGUGGCUUAUUUUGCUGAUGGCAAUAAGCAACAAGAUCGUGAACCAGUAUUUUCAGAAGAACUGGGGCUUGCAAUAGAGAAAUUGAAGGAUGGAUUCACCCUACAGGGACUUUGGGAAGUAAUGAGUUGAUUGAUCUUGAGUUGAGAUGGAUUUCUAUUAAAGAUAUCUCUAGUUUAAAUAUACUAGUCACCUGCCAUAAGUCAUGGAAUAGUUUUUAUACUUACAGCUUUUAUAUUUAAAACUUGUAAGAGUUUUUUUAAUGAUUGAGGAAAAAGUCAUUUAGAAAACUUCAGUUUUCUAAAAAUUAUAUUUAAAAUUGUCAUCAAAAUGUACCUAGUUUAUAAAUGUUUAUUUUGUACUUAAUACCUGUAAAGUCUUAGUUUUCAGAUAUUAAGUGACUGUAUCAUGUUCGGUUUAAUAAAGAAUUUAUGCAGUACCAUUUAA